AAUCACUAAUACUUUAUUUUGAUAUUUGGUAGAUGGCAGGCGAGAAGAAGGCAGGUGAGAAGAAGGCAAAGAAGCCCAAAAAGCACCAUGCAAGCCGUAACCCAGUGCUGGCCCGAGGAAUUGGGAAAUAUUCCCGAUCAGCGAUGUAUGCCAGAAAAGCCAUCUACAAGCGCAAGUAUGAUGCGCCAGAAACAAAGAUAGAAAAGAAAAAGAGAGAGAAAGCACCUGCUACCCUCACAAAACCAGUUGGGGGAGAUAAGAAUGGAGGCAACCGUGUGGUAAAAGUUCGUAAAAUGCCUAGAUAUUAUCCAACUGAAGACGUUCCUCGCAAGCUCUUGAGUCAUGGCAAAAAGCCCUUCUGCCAACACAAGAGGAAACUGCGGGCUUCUAUUACUCCAGGAACUGUUCUGAUCAUUCUCACUGGUCGCCACAGAGGCAAGCGUGUGGUCUUCCUGAAGCAGCUUGCUAGUGGCCUGUUGCUGGUAACAGAAAUAUGAGAUAACAGAACAACGCAAGGCAGACCAGAAGACAGUGGAUUCGCAAAUCCUGCCAAUAAUCAAGAAGGUGCCUCAGCUCCGUGGCUACCUGCGUUCUGUAUUUUCUCUCUCCAAUGGAGUUUAUCCUCACAAAUUGGUGUUCUAAAUUUUCUGAAAACACAUUAAAAUUGGAAAAAAACUGA